AUGUUCAAGUAUAAAUCAUUUUGGAGGUUGUAUGCUCAAAGCGUAGUUUUAAGUAUCCCAUAGAUAGUUACUGGUUAUGUGUGCAUGCAAUAUUUGGACUUUCCUUUAUUGGACUAUGAGUGGUCUUACAUUGGAUUGGCCUGUAGUUGGUUGUUUUCUCCAUUGAUGGUCUAAGUUACUCGAUUCAAACUGAUGGGAAUAAAUACGUUGAUGUUGGCCGUGGGAUUUAUUGGAUUGUCUACUGAAGAUUACUCAUCGUAAUUAAUCUAUAAGAUCUUUACUUGCAUAAUUGGAAUUAUCGUAGGCUGUGAUUGGUUGUUAACGAUCAGAUUCAUCAGAGAAUAAGUGGGAUGGGAAGAAGAAAGAUCUGUGUAUCUUAACAAUAAUCCAUUAAUCUGUUUUUUUUUCGGGACUUUGUUAAGAGUAAGUUAUAUUAGGAAUUAGAAUUUGGAGGAUGAACAAAUAGUGAUCAGUAGUCUUGUAAUAUUGACUAAUUCAAUUAGAUUGCUCUCGUUCCUUACAAUUUAUGGCAAACAGACUUUGGAGUACUAUUACAGAAAGUUCAAGGAACUUCAAGGAAGAGUGAUAAUUAAGAAUUAAUUUUCAGGUAAUAUCAAAGAGAUUGAAUACUUUUACAUAUCUAACAACGAAACAUACAGUCAAUUGAAUAGAAGAACGAGUGCUUUAUUUAGUAAGCAAUAUCGUAAACGAUUUUUUGGAUGUUCAAUUUUGGCACUUUUAUCAUGGUUCCAAUUCAACAAUCAUAAUUAUUUCCCAUAACCUUAAGUAAUCUUUGAGCAUCCAUUACGCUACUUUAUUCCUGCCAUUCUUACUAUUGCUGUUCUAAGCCAAAUCUUAUAUAGAAAAUUUAUCGUAAGAAAUGUUAUGAUUUUUUUCAAUCUUAUGUUGUUAACACUUAGCAUCCUACAAGUAAUGAAAUCUAGAGUCAAACUAUUUAAAGAUGAAGAAAUAUUCAUUAGCUUUUCAAUGUUGCUCAGCUACAUCACUUACUUCAUCGGCCUUAAUCUACUCAUCACACAGCAACUGCCUUAUAAAGGUAUCACAUAUGCAUUAAAUUUAACCUUUGUGUCCUUGUGUGGAGCACAAUAAAUUAGUCAUUUAACCAUGGAACAGAUCAAAGCAAAUGAAAAUUGCUGGCUUAGAUACUUUCAAAUUAUGGCAAAUAUCCUCUGCUUCCCAGUCCUGCUGAAAUUGAAGAAUGUGAAGUAACUUAGAGAAUGCGAAAUCUAAUAAGUUUAUGAUUGA